AAUGACAAAAAAUGUUACUGCAUUCCAACGCAAUAAAGUUUAAACAGAAUAUUGCUUUAAUUUUUGGCAUAAUUGACGAAUAUCGUGUUGUCGCUGCAAUCGCCGCACUUAUCAUGAUUGCUGCGUGACUGCUGCGAGCCGUCGCUCGUGGAUUUGUGUUUGGUGUCUGCUCCAUCUGCUCUGCAACCGCUGUAUCUGCUACCGUAGCACGUGUGCUACGUGCGAUUCCUUUCAAGAUGGGCAAGCCGAAGAGAAUCGGAACGAAAAAUUCAAGUGCCUUCAACAAAGGGACCCACAGCUUAAACCCAGACCGGCCCAAGAAGGGAAAUGACAACAGCAUGCGGGACAAGGCCACCAUCAAGCGACUGCUCAUGUACAAGAACUCGAGGCCCUACAGGGACCGCAAGGGCAAGAUAGUGAAGGCGGCCCCGUACCAGUCGUGGGUGCAGCCCGGCGCAGUGGCCCGUGUGGCACCCAACCCCAAGUGGUUCGGCAACACCAAGGUGGUCACCCAGACAGCCCUGCAGAAUUUCCAGGAGGAGCUGGGCAAGGCCAUGCGGGACCCCUACCAGGUGGUUCUCCGCCAGUCCCGGCUGCCCGUCACCCUGCUCAACGAGAAGGCCAAGAAUGCCCGCGUGCACAUCCUGGACACUGCCAGCUUCGAGACGACCUUCGGACCCAAGGCGCAGCGCAAGAAGCCCAACAUUGCCGUGGGCGACCUCCAGGAGCUGGUGCAGGCCGUGGACGCCUUGUCCCAGAAGUAUGACGCGACCAAGGACGGGGACCUGGUGAGGGACGAGGAGCCCAAGGACCGGGCCAGGGAGGAGGUGAUGGCCAAGGGCCAGUCCAAGCGCAUCUGGAACGAGCUCUACAAGGUGAUCGACUCGUCGGACGUGGUGGUUCAGGUGCUGGACGCCCGGGACCCGAUGGGGACGCGCUCCAAGUUCAUCGAGAACUUCAUGCGCAAGGAGAAGCCGCACAAGCACCUGGUCUUUGUGCUCAACAAGUGCGACCUGGUGCCCACCUGGGUCACACAACGCUGGGUGGCCGUCCUGUCUGCGGACUUCCCGACCAUGGCCUUCCAUGCGAGCCUCAACAACCCCUUUGGCAAGGGAGCCCUCAUCAACCUGCUCCGGCAGUUCUCAAAGCUCCACACGGACAAGCGGCAGAUCAGCGUGGGCUUCAUUGGCUACCCCAACGUGGGAAAGUCGUCGGUCAUCAAUGCCCUGAGGGCCAAAAAAGUCUGCAAUGUGGCACCCAUCGCUGGAGAGACCAAGGUGUGGCAGUACAUCACACUCAUGCGCAAGAUCUACCUCAUCGACUGCCCCGGCGUGGUCUACCCGACGGGGGACAGCGACACUGAGAUCGUGCUCAAAGGAGUGGUGAGGGUGGAGAACAUCAAGGAUCCCGAAGACCACAUUGCCGAGGUCCUGGCCCGCGUGCGGCCGGAGUACAUAGCGAAGACCUACAAGAUCGAGAGCUGGGACGACGCAACAGACUUCCUGGAGAAGCUCGGACGGAGGUCGGGAAAGCUGCUCAAGGGUGGGGAACCAGACGUGCCCACCGUUGCGAAGAUGGUCCUCAACGACUGGCAGCGCGGAAAGCUGCCCUACUUCGUCAAACCGCCCGAAGAGCCACCCACAGAGUCUUCCGACGUCCCCCCAGCAGCCGCAUCUGCUACCAAGGACCUGGAAGCCAAGGCCGCGGCUCCUUCCAAGAGGCCCGCUCUUCCCCGUGUGACGCAAGACCUAUCCGCAAUUCGUGUGGCUCCGGAGUUUGUCGGCGAAGACGUCAAGCCGCUCCGCCGAGACGGCAAUGAAGACGGCUACGACACGGACCGGGAGGAAGAAAGCGAGGAGGAAGCGGAGACCGGCCAAUCCUCCAUUGCCCCGGAGGAAGCAAAGACAGGCCAAUCCUCCAUUGCCCUGGCCUCCGGCGUUCCUUCCGAGAAGAGCGGCCCUGCCGCGAGCGCCGCCGCGUCCGCCGUGGCAACACCGGCCGCCGCUGCAACGCCGACGGUUGAGGAAAGGGCGGUCCGCCGUCGAAAGCGAAAGUCCGGUAAGGACCUUCCGGGGACCCUGCAGUACACGGACCUGGUGUCUCGCGCUUCCGGCACCAAGAACCCGUGGGCUCAGUAUCUGAGAGCCCGUGUCCCGAAGAGCAAUUCCGACGGCCCCAAAGACCCAGAGCAGACCACAGAAGUUACGGAACAAUCGACGGAGGCUGCGGAGCAGUCCACGGAAGUUGCGGAGCAGUCCACGCGGGUCACGGAACGACCGGCUCUCUCGUCAACAAAAGCGACUGAGGCCUCCGAACAUUGCGAGGACAAGGAUCGUCCCGACGCUCGUGCGGCCAGGCAGAAGUCUCGUCCCAUUGCCACGAAGGCCACGACCAGCGGCACCUUUACAGUGACCCCCGUCGAGAAGGUGGUGCGGCCGGCCAAGAGGCAGAGGGUAGAAAAAGACGACAGCGAGGAGGAGGCGCCCAGGAUCACCGGGAAACAGAAACGGCGAAUGAUGCUGGCUCAGAAAGUGACCAAGGUGGGCCACCACUUCUACGAUUAUGCCAACGUCAAGAACAGGAACCGCGGCAAGAAAGUCAAGGCCAGCAACGGCACCCCCAAGUCCAGCCGUUCUAAGAAAACUAAACAGUAGGGUGCAUGCGGGGCCUUCUAAAGAUUGUAAUAAAUGUACAAUGACGAAAAUACAAGGAACGCCUUUGAGGAGUGGUACAUUGCAUCCGUGCCAUGAAAUAGAGAGAGAGUGCCCAUGUUCGUACGACAGUGAUGGAACUACUGCAUGAUUUCCACCAAAUUGCACCAUGAACGAAAGUCUGUCGCAUCUUGCGUCAAAAUACCACUUCUGCUAAGACUCGCGCCAUACAGGCGCCGCAAUAGGCCUAAACAAAUCAAAAGAAUAUGAAUAUUUUAUUAUUGGUCAGUCCUAAUAUUUCAACAAGCAGAAAUAAAUAAAAAUUGUAAAAGAA